GAGACAGCGGCAGCAUGAAACUCACUCAUGCAUUAACAUCAUCCACUGACUACAGGAAAUAUAACUUAAUACCAUUUCAUUAAUGUCAGUUAAUUUGUGAACUGCUCUUAUAGAUGAGGGUUUUACCUCCGUGUUUUCAGUGCUCCUGACCCGAGUUUCAGUUUUCUGAUCGUGAUGUUUAUUGAAGAUCAUGGCCAGAAACACUUCUCUCUACUUUCGCAUCGUCGAGGGACGAGAUCUGCCUGCAAAAGACGUUUCUCGGUCCAGUGAUCCGUACUGCAUCGUCAAAGUUGACAAUGAAGUCGUGGCCAGAACCGCCACCGUCUGGAAGAACCGAAACCCGUUCUGGGGCGAGGAAUACACCCUUAACUUGCCGAAGGGCUUCCAUACGCUCACCGUUUACGUCAUGGAUGAAGACACCAUCGGUCAUGAUGAUGUGAUUGGUAAAAUCUCCCUGAGUAAAGACCUGAUCGCCGCUCAACACAAAGGUUUGGAUAACUGGCUGAAUCUGACACGUGUGGAUCUGGAUGAAGAGGUUCAGGGCGAGAUUCGUUUGGCUCUGGAGCUGCACAGAGAUUCUCAGAGAAGCAGUCUGCACUGUCACGUCAUCGAGGCCCGUGAUCUGGCUCCACGUGAUAUCUCCGGUACCUCUGAUCCCUUCACCAGAAUCAUCUACAACAACCUCAGCGCUGAGACAUCGAUCAUAAAGAAGACACGCUUCCCGCACUGGAAUGAGAUGCUGGAGUUGAGUCUGGAUGAAGGUGAUGAUGAUGAUGAAGGUGGAAGUGUGACGGUGGAGGUCUGGGACUGGGACAUGGUGGGCAAGAACGACUUCCUGGGAAAGGUGGAGAUCCCUCUCUCGUGUCUGCACAGAUCUCCGCUGCAGGGCUGGUUUCGUUUGCUGCCGCUGGGAAACACAGAGAACGACGCCAGAGGAAAGCUGGGUGCUCUGCGUCUGAAGGUGCGUUUGACCGAGGACAGGAUUCUUCCGUCUGUGUGCUAUCGGCCUCUGACCGAGCUGCUGGUGGACGCCGUCAUCUCGCCAUCAAAGGUGGACGAGCCCUCGCCGCUGACUCUGCUGGAGGAGGUGACGACGGUGGAGAGCAGGCAAGACGUGGCCAUGACGCUGGUCAAGAUCUACCUGGGUCAGGGUCUGGUCGUGCCAUUCCUGGACUACCUCAACACCAGAGAGGUCCACAGCACCACAGAUCCAAACACACUCUUCCGGUCAAACUCGCUGGCCUCCAAAGCCAUGGAGCAGUUCAUGAAGGCCGUCGGGAUGCUGUAUCUACACCAGGUUCUGAAGCCCAUUAUCAACCGCAUCUUCGAGGAAAGGAAAUACGUGGAGUUGGAUCCAUGCAAGAUAGACCUCAGCCGCUCCAGGCGUAUCUCGUUUAAAGGCUUGUCGUCGGAGGCUGAGGUCAGGAAGAGAAGCGUGGGGCUCCUGAAGACGUAUCUGAGCAGCAUCAUGGAGGCCAUCGUCAGCUCGGUGUCCCAGUGUCCUCCAGUGAUGAGAGUCGUCUUCAAACAGCUCCAGAAACGCGUGGAGGAACAGUUUCCAGAAGCUGAGAACGAGGAUGUGAAGUAUUUGGCCAUCAGUGGCUUCUUCUUCCUGCGUCUGUUUGCUCCUGCGAUUCUGACGCCCAAACUCUUCCAGCUGAGAGAGCAUCACGCAGACGCCAGGACCAGCAGAACGCUGCUGCUGCUCGCUAAGGCUCUUCAGAGCGUGGGGAACCUGGGUCUUCAGCUGGGUCAUGGGAAGGAGGAGUGGAUGACCCCUCUGCAUCCCAUCAUCCUUUGCAGCGUGGCGUCCGUCAAAGACUUCCUGGACAAACUCAUAGACAUCGAUCACAACAACGUGUGUGGAGCUCCUCAGCGCGCCGUGUUUUUGCCGUCGGUCAUCGUGAAGGAAGGCUUCCUGCAGAAACACAAAGCUGAAGGACCUCAGCUGCUCAAACGCUUUGCUUUUAAGAAACUCUAUUUCUGGCUGAGUUCAGAGUCGCUGUCGUACGCCAAGAGCCCCAGCUGGCAGGUUCGCUCCUAUAUUUCUAUAGCGUGUGUGUGUGCUGUGGAGCGCGUGGAUGAAAACGCCUUUCAGCUCCAGAACGUCAUGCAGGUCAUUACACAGGACACAGAUGGACAACUACACACCACAUACCUGCUGUGCAAGAAUGUAAAUGAGCUCAAUCAGUGGCUGUCGGCGAUCAGGAAGGUCAGUAUUUAUAAUGAACACAUGCUGCCGUCGUUUCACCCCGGAGCUCAUCGAGGAAACAAAUGGACCUGCUGCCUUCAGCCCGACCGCACCGCGUCGGGCUGCAGUCGGACUCAUUCGGCCGUGACUCUGGGCGACUGGAGCGACCCGUUGGAUCCUGAUGCUGAAACACAGAUCAUUUAUAAAGAGCUGCUGCAGGGUCGAGACAAACUCAGGAAGCAGUACCUGGAGACACAGGAAGUGGAGGCAGAGGAACAGGAAGUGCCGCUGAAGGCCAGUCAGCCGUCAUCAGUGUCUGCACAGGGCCGAUCUCAGCGUGCUCGAGCCCUCGUCGCUCGUCUGCUGGACGCUGUGCUGGAUUUAGAGCGAGCGCAUUCAUCCUUCCAGAGCCGAGAAGCAGACGAGAGCCUGAGCUCAUAGAGACCUCGAACUCACUCCAACUGGAAAAUCAGAUUAUGCAAUGUCCAUGGAAAUAUUUAUAUUUUUCAACCUAUUUGUACUUUGAAGUGUCUUUAUUAUCUUGAUGCUCUGGGAUAAUUUUAUGUAUUUAAAAAAUGUAAAUCAAUUUUAUAAAUUAGUUUUACAAUUUUAAUUUAAAAGAAACUGCUUUCUAUUGAGAUGUAUUUUAAAAUAUUAAAUGUAUGUGAUUAUUUUUGCUCGAGAAACAUUUCUGUUCAUUAUCAAUGUAGAAAAUAUUGUUCUUUUUGAACUUUCUAUUCAUCUGUGAGUCCUGAAAAAUAAAAUGCAUCAGUUUCCACAAAAAUAUUUAGCAGCACGACUGUGUUCAACAUUGAUAAUAAUCAGAAAUGUUUCUUGAGCAUUAAAUCAUCAUAUUUUCAUGAUUUCUGAAGAUCAUGUGACACUGAAGACUGGAGGAAUGAUGCUGAAAAUACAGCGGAGCAUCACAGAAAUAAAUUACACUUUAACAGAUACUCACGUAGAAAACAGCUAUUUUGAAUAGUAAUAAUAUUUCUUUAUUUUCUACCAUAUUUUUGAUCAAAUAAAAGCAGUCUUGGUGAGCAGAAAAGAACAAAAAAGGCCUCCAAUGUGUGUAUAUAUAUAUAUUAAGAUAAUAAUAAAAAUAAAACAUAAUAACAAACUAUUGAUAUGCAAGUGCAAAAACUAUAUGUGUGUGUGUGUGUGUGUAUAAGAAACUAUAAUAGUAUGCCAAUCCCGCUCAAACAACACUGACACACAUUAUAGAAACAGUGAGUAGCAUCUUGUUUCUGCUCGCUGGACUCCAGAAUCUAUUUUGUGCAAUUUGCUUUCAUGCAGGUGAACUAGUUCUAGACCAAAUGCAUUCGAUUAAUAUAGCAAUUGUAAUAUAUUGCUGUCUUUAAACAGCUGUUUUCUAAAUGUUCUGUAAGUGUCAGUGCUGUGGACAGAAGCAGGUCACACUGAAUCAGGUCAGCAGUGUAAAACUGAAUCGAGGCCGGACGCUGCUCGUGAGUUUGGGUUUGCUUCAGAUGUUUUUAUCACUUCUCUGGUUGUGGCAUUUGGUUGAUUUAGGCUGAUUUGCUGGUUUAUUUAUAUCUGUGGUUGUGUGAGCAUGUGUGUGCUGGAAAACGGCCGAAUAGAGUUGAUUUGUUUUGUUUUUGGCUAGAUAUAUAUUUAAAACAUUUGUGCAGAAAUUAUUUAUUUAUUUGAGCAUCUGCUGUGCCUGUUGACCAUAAAACACAUCUACAUUAAA